CAUAUUUGAUGCCAUGUUCCCUGUCAUGCACAUUGCUGGGGAGACAGUUAUACAGCAAGGUGAUGAAGGAGAUAAUUUCUAUGUGAUUGAUCAAGGAGAAGUAGAUGUGUAUGUGAAUGGAGAGUGGGUGACCAGCAUCAGCGAAGGAGGCAGCUUUGGGGAGCUGGCGCUCAUCUAUGGCACCCCCAGGGCUGCGACAGUGAAAGCCAAGACAGACCUCAAGCUCUGGGGCAUUGACCGUGACAGCUACCGGCGCAUCCUCAUGGGCAGCACACUGAGAAAACGCAAGAUGUAUGAGGAGUUCCUCAGCAAAGUCUCCAUCCUAGAGUCCUUGGAGAAGUGGGAACGCCUCACAGUGGCUGAUGCCCUGGAGCCUGUUCAGUUUGAGGAUGGGGAGAAAAUUGUCGUUCAGGGGGAGCCUGGGGAUGACUUCUACAUCAUCACAGAGGGCACGGCCUCCGUCCUCCAGCGCCGAUCCCCCAACGAGGAAUACGUGGAGGUGGGGCGCCUCGGGCCCUCCGACUACUUUGGGGAGAUUGCACUGCUGCUAAACCGGCCCCGGGCGGCCACUGUGGUGGCCCGGGGACCCCUUAAGUGUGUCAAGCUGGACCGGCCCCGCUUUGAGCGUGUGCUGGGCCCCUGCUCUGAGAUCCUCAAGAGGAACAUCCAGCGCUACAACAGCUUCAUCUCUCUCACCGUCUGAGCCCCUGCCGCAGCCCCGCCGCAGCCCUAGCUCCCCAGUGUGGUGGCUGCGUUAUGCUCGUCUAUCAGGGCAAGCAGGCCGGGGGGGCUGGUAUCUCAGCAGCGGCAGGGACUGCUCCUUCCUCUGGACUCUUGGAAAUAAUCACCUUGUGCAUUUCAAAAAUAAAGGGCAAGUGGACAACAUGCAUCCCAAGACCAAGGAAGUGACGGUCCCAGGCCACAGGCCUCCCUCCUUGAGUUUACCUUAGGGGACCUACCCUGACCCCUGUGUGGAGACCAAGCUAACCCUGGGCUCCUGAGGAGGAGGAGGGGCUGCGACUGCCUUGAUGGUUCUCUUCCCAGAACUGGUCCUGCAGAUCCUGUGAUGUGACCUAGACUUGGUCCGAGUGGGAGACAGACUGUGUGCAGCUGGGCCAUCCCCAAAGGGACACUGGCUAAAGAGAGCAGACCCCCCACCACCCCCCUUCUCCCCAAGGGGCCCUGUCAGGGGUGCCUCUGGGUAUUUAUUAGGUUGAUCCCUGCCUCUAACUGGAAGGCAAGCCAAGGCUCAGGAUCAGGGGUCCUCACUUGGGGACCGUGACCCAGGUAGACCAGCAUGAGGCCCACACUGGGAGAUGGCAUGAUGUCAGUGGCUUGUCCCUAUCUCUGCGGGAUGUCCAUCCAAGGUGGGCGGCACACUCAGCACUCACGGCAGGCCAUGGUCUCCUUGCUGGCCGGACGCCCAGACAGGAAGGAAAUGAGUUUGAGUUUGGGACUUUCCAAUCCAGCGAGCCCUGCUCUGGGUGCUGCUCACUAAGAAUCAGGGGAGCUAUGAGCGAAGUCUGGCUCCAUUUCUUUGUGAAUGGGCUUCUUGGAGACCUUGUAAGGGAGAAGAGGGAUUUCUUAAACAUACUCUGGAUAAACUUUUAAGAACCAGAGUCCCUUCUGAGCCAUUCUCCAGCAGAUCUGCCUGUUGUUGGACACAAGUCCCAGCUCCCAGUAAACCCGUGUAGUUCAUUAGCCAAGCCUCUGAGGGGAAAUGCAUAAAAGUCAAGCCAACACACCUAGCUCAGCAGCUGACGUGUCGGCGGAAGUGUGUCUGCAGUCCAGUGGUGGUGAGGAGAGCUGGCCAGGCCCGAGAGGCUCAUGGCAGCUCUGAGAGACCUGAAAUAUGCAGGGAAACCCCCAGCUGACCCGGUUCUGAACCUGCUGUGCACCUCCCGGGGGGAGGCUGUCCUUGGUUAGAGGUGACGCGG